AAGAAUUUUGUCAAAUAAAAACGAAAAAUACACAAAUCAAAAUCUUCUCACGGCAGAUGCAGAAAAGGAAGAAGAAAAAACUGCUCGUCUGAACACUCUUAUCAUAUUUGCGUUUUAGAUUACAAAUAAUUAUUACGAAUCACUCGGUUCGAAGACACAAAUAAUUAUCGUCAUCAUCUCUCAGUCAGUCACGCAUAUUUACAAACACAUUUACUGCAUGACCCUGACACCAACCCAUCUCUCUAUCUAUCCCAAAUUUGUAUAUCAUUCCUUAAUUACUUACAUCGAUAUUUCCAAUUUCCUUUCUCAAAUUAAAAAAUUAAAAACCCAUUUGUUUGUUCUUUAAGUUUCACUAUCAUCUGCUCUCCGAUCCCAUGUUUUUGUUUCCUCUAUAAACAGCUUUUUCUUUGUCUAAUUGUUUAAGGUUUAAAUGGCGAUUGCAGCAGUGGCUUUUCUCUUGCCAUUGGGUGUUCUCUUUUUCUUGUCUGGUUUAGUUAUUAAUCUUUUUCAGGCGAUUUUCUUUGUUCUGAUUAGGCCAAUCUCGAAGAACACUUACAGAACGAUCAAUAGAGCUUUAGCUGAGUUGCUAUGGAUUGAACUUGUCUGGGUGGUCGAUUGGUGGGCUGGACUUAAGAUUAAAGUAUUUACAGAUAAGGAGACCUUGAGCGUAAUGGGCAAAGAACAUGCACUUGUUUUAGCCAACCACAGGAGCGACAUCGAUUGGCUUGUUGGAUGGGUCUUGGCUCAGAGGUCAGGAUGUCUUGGCAGUGCAAUUGCAGUCAUGAAGAAAUCGUCAAAAUUCCUUCCAGUUAUAGGCUGGUCCAUGUGGUUUUCUGAAUACCUCUUCCUGGAAAGAAGUUGGGCCAAGGAUGAAAGCACUUUAAAGUCAGGUCUUCAAAGGUUAAAGGACUUCCCCCGACCCUUUUGGUUGGCUCUAUUUGUGGAAGGAACUCGCUUUACAAAAUCAAAGCUUUUAGCAGCUCAACAAUAUGCUGCCUCACAAGGGUUGCCUAUCCCGAGAAAUGUUUUGAUUCCUCGUACUAAGGGUUUUGUUUCAGCAGUAAGUAAUACGCGCUCAUUUCUUCCAGCCAUCUACGAUACAACAAUUGCAAUUCCAAAAAGUUCACCUCAACCUACCAUGCUCAGGCUUUUCAAGGGGCAAUCUUCAGUGGUGCAUGUACGCAUUAAACGUCAUUUGAUGAAGGAUUUGCCUGAAACAGAUGAAGGUGUUGCUCAAUGGUGUAAAGAUCUGUUUGUGGCAAAGGAUGCAAUACUGGACAAGCAUAAUGCCGAGGACACGUUCAGUGACCAAGAAUUGCAGGAUCUUGGUCGACCGAAGAAGUCUCUCGUGGUUGUUACCUCGUGGGCAUGUUUGCUUAUUUUUGGGCUGUUGAAGUUCCUCCAAUGGUCGGCACUUUUGUCGUCGUGGAAGGGCAUAGCAAUAUCAGCAAUUGCCUUGGGAGUUGUUUCUGUUUUUAUGCACAUCUUGAUACGAUUUUCUCAGUCGGAACACUCAACGCCAGCUCGGGUUACUCCAACAAAUCAUGCUCAGGUCCCUUUAGCAAACCCGAAAAAUGAAGGAGAGCCUUCAGAAACAGGAGAAAACAAGCAACACUAGGUCACAAUCUCGUUUACAAAAUCUCCUAUACAUUAAUUGAUAACUCGAGCAGUCAGUCGUUUUUGUGAUGGUAUAUGUUGUGACUACCUCUCGUUACAAAUUGUGUGUUUUCGCUUUCUAGACUACAGUUCGAGCAGUUGCAUCUCGGGUUUCAUAUGGUGCUCAGUUGUAUGCAUAUCAUCACUUCAUAUUAGGUUAAAUUGAAUCUGUAGAUUGUAUCAACAUGUAUUAUGUAUCAAUGCGCCAUGUGUAGUAGUGUCUUAAUUUAUUUUCUUUUUUCAGUUUAA